UUCACAUCGACGACCUCAGAUGAGAGCGCUCGGGCGUUCGAACGUUCACGGGCGGUGGUGGACUCGGCGUGAAGCCGUCCCGACACAGAUAGCUGAGCCCUAGGUAAUCGCGUGGGCGUGGUGAACCAGCGUUGUCCUGGCGAAGAACCUCGACAAGGUUCUGCGCGUCAGUCAAAGGUGAAAAUGUGUCGCGGGCAGGCACAGCACACACAUGUUGUGAAGUGGUUUCCGCGACCCUGCGCUGCGCAGACCUACUCCUGGUUUUCUGCUGCCUUCACAAAAUGCUCUCUUGCUCUCGCCCGGGGGUACCGCCUUCCCAGUGCUCGAGCUUCCCAGCGGUGCGAACCGCUGAUCGCCACUGGCAAUGUAUAAACCCCACACGUCGACUUCUCGCCAGCGUUUCUUCUCAGCGUGCCUCUCGAUGACUUCAUGAAGCUCCCCACCGUGCGUACAAAGGGUUCAAUCUGGUUGGUUGUUACCUCCAUCCGCGGUAGAGCUCGGCUUCUCGCACCGCUCUCGGAAUGUUCUUGGAGUUCUCGACGAGAAUGCGACCCCGCACAUGCUUCACGGACUGAUCCUUACACCUUCGAAUCGAUAGAACUUGAUGUGCUGGAGUUCUGAAGGUCUUGUGCAGUCGGUACUCGAUGUACGGUGAUAUUGGAUGACCACGUUCGUCCCCGAAGCGUGAGCUGCGCAGGCGUCACGAGUCCCGUUUUAACUUUUCAUCAAAUGCUCAACCAUAAGUUGCCGGC